AUGUGCCGUCCCCUGCCUGCAGAAUUAUCUUCACAGAAGAAAUUUGAUGAAAUUAAGAAGGCAAAUCAGGCUGCAGCAAAAAAGCUAGUUGAAGACCAAUUUAGUUCCUCAUCUGAAGAUGAUGAUGAAGAUGCUGAAAUAAAACAAGGAAAGAUUUUGGCCAAAACAUUUACCAUUUACACCAGUCAAACUGAUGGAGAUGCAAGUGAGCUGGAACGUACAAGACAGUACAUGAAUGAAGCUUUUCAGUCGGGGGCCAUGACAUGUCUGAUCUGCAUUGCUUCAGUUAAAAGGAACCAGGCAGUCUGGAGCUGUUGUGGAUGCUUUUGUAUAUUUCACCUGGUGUGUAUCCAAAAGUGGGCCAAGGACAGCCUUUUCCUUGUGUCUUCUCCUCUGACGGAUGAUGAUUUUGGGAAGAAAGAUUAUCCCUGGCCAUGUCCAAAAUGUAGGUUUGAAUACAAACGGUCUGAAACUCCCAGUAGGUAUUACUGUUACUGUGGAAAAGUGGAGAAUCCAACACUGGACCCAUGGCUGGUACCUCACUCCUGUGGCCAGAUCUGUGAGAGGGAAUUCAAACCACCUUGUGGCCAUAAAUGUUUGCUGCUUUGUCAUCCAGGACCCUGUCCACCUUGCCCAAAGAUGGUGACAACGACCUGCCACUGCAGGAAAGCCAAAGCAGUGCCCCGAAGGUGCAGUGCCAAGGAGUGGUCCUGUCGCCUGCCCUGUGGACGGACGCUGCUGUGUGGACAGCACGCUUGUGAGAACCCCUGCCACGCAGGAGACUGCCAGCCUUGCCCUCGAGUCAGUAAGCAGCGGUGCAUCUGUGGCAGGCAGACAGCAGAAAGGCUUUGCGCGAGUCCUCAGUGGCAGUGUGAUCAGGUGUGUGGGAAACCUUUGCCUUGUGGUAAUCACACGUGUGAAAAAGUCUGUCAUGCUGGUCCCUGUGGAGACUGUCCUCGUUCUGGGAAAAGGUCCUGUCCGUGUGAAAAAUCAAAGUUUACAUUGCCUUGCACAGAAGAUGUGCCCACUUGUGGCGAUAGUUGUGACAAAGUUCUGGAAUGUGGCAUCCAUAAAUGUUCCCAGCGCUGUCAUCGAGGUCCCUGUGAAAUAUGCAGACAGGAAGUUGAAAAACAGUGCCGCUGUGGAAAGCACACUAAGCGCAUGCCGUGUCAUAAGCCAUAUCUGUGUGAAACAAAGUGCACUAAAACUCGGGAUUGCCAAAAGCACCAGUGUAGGAGAAAGUGCUGUCCUGGAAACUGCCCACCUUGUGAUCAAGUCUGUGGGCGGACUCUGGGCUGCAGAAAUCACAAAUGCCCUUCAGGCUGCCACAGAGGUAGUUGUAAUCCAUGUCCAGAGACUGUAGAUGUGAAAUGCAAUUGUGGAAGAACUGUCAUUAAAGUGCCCUGUGGCAGAGAGCGCACCAUCAAACCUCCCAAGUGCAAGCAGCUGUGCAGUCGACCGCCUACCUGUCACCACCCUACCCAGGAGAAACACUAUUGUCACUUUGGUCGGUGUCCCCCCUGUCGUCAGUCCUGCCAGAAAGCUUUAGGCUGUGGUCAUUUUUGUCCCGUUCCCUGCCACGAUGAAGCACUUGUGAAGCAAACUGGCGUACAUCAGUCUGCAGGUCCUUGGGAACAGCCAUCUGAGCCAGCUUUCAUUCGAACGGCCUUACCGUGCCCUCCCUGUCAGGUUCCCAUACCAGUGGAGUGUCUUGGGCAGCAUGAGGUCAGUCCGUUACCGUGUCACUCUGCAGAUCCCUACUCGUGUAAAAGGUUUUGUGGGCGACUUCUUGAUUGUCAGAAUCACACCUGCAUGAAAGAAUGUCAUCACGUUACUAAAUUGGACGGCACUGCAGGUGGAAAUAAGGCAGGUCCAGAAUGUUGGCAGUGUGAAGAGGAGUGUACCAAGCCCCGGCCAUCUGGCUGUCCUCACCGAUGUGUUCUGCCCUGUCAUCCCGGGGAUUGCCCAUCCUGCCUCCAGAUGCUUAAAAUAAAGUGUCACUGCAAACUGUCAGUACUGUAUAUUGAAUGCUUAAAACUCACGUGUGCUGAUGUACAAGAAAAGGAGCUUCUCAUUUCCUGCAAAAAUCAGUGUCCAAAAGAGUUGCCCUGUGGUCACCGGUGUAAGGAGGUUUGCCAUUCAGGUAGCUGCCCUCUGAACUGCAGCCAGAAGGUUAAACUCCGAUGUCUUUGUAAGAGACUGAAAAAGGAAGUACAGUGCAGCAAGAUACGAGAAGGCCAAGUUUCACUGGAAUGUGAUGCAUUAUGCAAGGAAAUGAAACGGAAAGCAUCUGAGAUAAAAGAGGCAGAAGCCAAAGCUGCUAUUGAAGAAGAGAAACGAAGACAACAGGCUGAACUGGAAGCAUUUGAAAACAGAUUAAAAGGGCGAAGGAAGAAUAAGAGAAGGAAGGAUGAAGUGGAAGUCGAACAAUCAUUGUGGCAAAAAUACAAGAACCUCAUCAUGCUGCCAGUGUUGGGAGUUGCUGUUGUGGUGGUCGCGUGGCUCAUGGUCUACAAUGACUGAAAGAACUCAAUAUUUAAUAUACCUCAGUCGGGCUGUAGGUAGCUUACUCCUAGAAUGUUAGUCUGUGUAACAGAACGUCAUAAGCAUAGAUGGGGUAUGGAUGGAUGUAUGCUGUUUGCCUAGAAAAGUGCAGAGGAGGGAAGAAAUGUCACCUUUUGUGUUACUACAUUCACAGCACAAAACUGGAUUCAGACACUGACGGUAAUAGCAGAUUUUACUCUACACAGAAGUGCUGAUGUAAUCUGUCUGACUGCGAGCCGUUAGCAUCUCUUCUAUUAAUAUAUUGUGUUAUUUUUCCUUGUCUCCAUUUCAUAAUAUUAAAAAUAGCUUAGUAUAAAAUGCUUUAUUGAAUAUUUGUUUCCUGUAAAAUCAGUUUAGUGGUUUAUAGAAGGUUAGUGUUCUUAUGCUAGUCUUUAUGUUGUAUCAUACAAUCAUUUCUGUGCUUCAUGUCAGUCUUAAUUACAACUAACGGGGAACUUCAGAUCACUGAGGCUUGAAUAUUCUGGGGCCUCAUGUCAGAACUUUGUUCAGAGAAAGGAAAUGCGACCUGGCUUUCAAGUCAACUGUAUCACAAACAAUAAAAUGGCCCCUUUACAGACUGUGGGUUUGGGGUUUGGCUGUUGUUUCCCCCUGCCCUCUUUCCUCAAAACCAAACCAGUUGAAAACUUCACGUAUCGGACAGUGGCGUACGCUGAGUGUGGAUGGGAAGUGGUUCCAGGGCACAGGGCUGGGUUCUCAUGGCUGCCAACAGCAGAACAGCAAUUUGAAAUUGAGCUUGGAGCAUCACUUGACUGUUUGUAUAGAUAAAUAGCAGGUUUGGAUAUUUGCAUAGGUGUGCAAAACCAUAAUUGAACAGCCUAACAAUAUGUCGUCCUGAAGCCAUCUGGAUGGUGCUUGCUAAUCAUGUAUAAUCUCUCUCUAGCUAAUAUUUUAAAUGCUUAAAUAUUUUCUUACAGUUUGGAAUACCUUGCUUUUGGGGUAUCAGUGUUGGUUAAUCAAACUGAGAGGUUUAUUUACACAGCAACAAGAUCAUUCGAGAAGCUACACUCCCUCAGCUGAGGGGCUGCAAGUUAAAGUCAGGGGUGGGGGAAGUCAGAAAACAGAAUUUUUAAACCUGUGCUGGGAAUUUUAUGCUGAUUUUAUACUAAAGUGGGUAACAGAAAAAGAGCUCACAAGAUCCUGUGACAGAUGAGGUACAAAGCCAAAGGGCAUUAGGUUGCCCUUGUCGUUCAAGCAUCAAACUCAUGGCAAAUCCUGCAAAAGCAGUGGGACCGUUCAUGUGAAUUAACAGAGAGGGCUGCAGUUUGUUUGAAAGCUCAUUGGGCUGAUUUUGGCCCACUUGUCAAGGGACCCAGUGUUAAUUUGAGCUGAGAUCCAAUUGUAAUUAUGGUUCAGCAGCAGACAAAACCAGAAAAGCUGCAAAAGGCAGUAGCUUUUAGAUUGUGUAGAUUGACAAAAUGGGGAGAUAAUAACUUUCUUUUCAAUUUUUCACCUAAGUUUCGUGAAAAAGAAUAAAGGUAAGGAAAACUUGGCAAUAUUUAGCAUGGAUUGGUGCUAUUUGAUAGUAUUUUAUGGGUUUUUUAAAUUGAUUUUUAGAAAUGCAUACUACUGUUAAUGAUGUGUCAUACAUUAGUAUGUAAAGUAGAAUUAAUUGAAAUUACACUAGGCCAUCAUAGUUGCAUUUCUGUUGAAUUCUCUUAUUUUCUAGUAUAAGGAAUAAACUGUUUUCUCUGUUGUUACUUUAACUCUUUUCUAGAAUACUAAUGCCUGGAAGAUAAUUCCAUAGAAGUGUUAGUUUCUUUAAUUAAGUGAGGUGCUGCUGCUGUGUGACUGCUUCUGCCAGUAACUCCGUCACUAAGAGAAAAGGAAGAGAGAUUUUUUGUUCAGCUGAAGUAAAACGUGAUACAUUGUCCAAAAAUACAAAAAAGAUACCUUUAUAGCUGAAAUAUGCAGAUCAACGUGAAUGAGGCCAUUCUGGAAACAGCUUUUAUCUUACAUGACUGUAACUUUUUUUUCUAUUUACUGCUGGCAUUUUCUUUAAAACAAGUACAAUGUAAAGUUUCUCAUGGCCUCUACAGCAAACAAAAGAAAUCUCUCUCUCCAGAGCUAUAAAAAUGAACUGCACUUGAGUUAUCUGUUUGAUGUAGCUCUUAUUGCUCUUUUCUCCAUAUUUUGUGUAUUUGUGUGAAAUACUGGAGAGGAAAAGACUUCCUUCUCAGUGAUCAACUUUAUUAGAAUAAGAAAGCACACCAAUCUUUAAUGAUUUGUUCCAUUCAUACAAAAGCGUGUAUGAAUAGGCAUAUUCCUGUUCUUAAAGGAUUUGUGUCUCUCCUGAACCUCGCAUAUGUGAGACAUACCUAUUUUUGAAAUUUUAUUCAAAAUAGUUCUGUGUAUCUUAUCCAACCCUCUGAGUCAUUUGCACUCUUGGUCUGCCUGCUGAACCAGAUAUUUGUUUCUUGGCAUUAAAAAAAAGCGUGUGGGUUCGAGCAAUCUGCAGUUUAAUAAAUCACUGGUUUCUAUUUGCUUUUUAAAAUUAUUUUCACAGUUAAUUUUUUUUUUGGGUGGAGCUGCAUGUUGCAAGCACGACAACCUUUGAAGUAAAAGCUACAUAUGGAAUCACCUGGUCAGUAUACGUGAAAAAUUGUAAUUCUGGAAAGGAAAUACUGAACUGAAGGUAGGGGUUCUCAGCAAUUUAAAUGUAAUGUACUGUUACAUAGUGUAAUGAGCAAAUAUUUUUUAACAGUUUACAAAAAAAUGCAUAUAGAUAAGUAUAUGUUAAAAGAAAUCAUAUAAUCUGACCUGCUGUUGGGGAAAUUAUAGAGAUGUUGUGAGGAUACGUAGCAUGCAGAAUAUUUAGCUAUGUAUAAAAUGAAAAAAAAAAUUGGGGAGUUUUUCCUUCUUCUGAAUGCAUUCUGGUGAGCAUUCAUCUUUCUGCUGAACUAAGGUGCUUUCAAGUUGUCAGUAUACUGUGGAUUGGAAACUCCUUGGACAAGUUUGUUCCCUGUAACAAUAACAAAGCCAUUGUGUAUGUUAAUUUAAUGUAAAAACUGAGUCAGACAAUAAACGCAUCAAAAACAA